GGCAAAGUGCUUACCACUUUUGCUACUUUAAAAUUAGGACAACACCGUCCCUCUGCUUUUCUCACUCUCCACCCCCAUACUCUCUCUACUCUUUACCUUUUCUCUCUGAAAUUAACUGUAAGCCAACCAACUGCAUCCUCACCCAAACUCCACUUCACACGCUAACAUUAAUUUGCUGUCUCUUCAAAUUCCUGAUCCUCUCAUCCCACUUUGUCCCAGGAGGAAAUUCAAUUAGGACAUGGGGGGUUCUGGAGCCGAAGGCUUCCUCAAAGUGCUGGCCCAGAAUUUUGACGUUCUUGCUGAGCCUGUGGUUAGUCUGGUCUAUCCUCUAUAUGCUUCAAUUAGGGCUAUCGAGACAAGAUCAGCCGUUGAUGAUCAGCAAUGGCUCACGUAUUGGGUUCUUUACUCUAUGAUUACUCUCUUUGAACUCACCUUUGCAAAGCUCAUUGAAUGGCUUCCUUUCUGGUCAUACGCAAAGCUAUUUUUCACCUGCUGGUUGGUGAUACCGUACUUCAGUGGAGCAGCAUAUGUAUACGAGCAUUUUGUCCGGCCAUACCUUGUUACCCGACAAAAGACUGUCAACAUAUGGUAUGUCCCCAAUAAGAAGGACUCUUUCAGCAAGCCUGAUGACAUCCUAACCGCAGCAGAGAAAUAUAUGCAAGAAAAUGGAACCGAAGCAUUUGAGAAGAUGAUUCACAGGGGUAAUAGAGAGACAACCUCGACAACUAACAGUCACGCGUUCUAUGAUGACAACUAUACAUAUGAGGACGACCUCAGGUACUGACCAUGGUUGUUUAUAGUACUUUGUGUUGCCCGUCAGUGCCGAUAACUUGAUGCUUUAUAGGACUAUGUUUUCAGCGUUGACUUAGUUUUUCAGGGAUGGUUGUGUUCUUAUGUAAUGCAAGUUGCUGAUCACAAUAAGAUGCCUUGAUGGCAGUUUUUCUGUUUGAUAAUUGAAUGCAUGCAGACAUUUCAGGCGUUCAGCUAACCUUAAAUGCAACUGUUUUUUGUUUGGGAUAUUUUCGUUCUUUAUGUUUCAUGUUGACAU